AUGGAACCCCCGGAGGGCGGCGGUGGCCGCAAGAAGCCGAAGGGCGCAGCGGCGACCCCCACUGUGGCGUCGAUCGGCGACGACGUCCUCGGCGACAUCUUCCUCCGCCUCCCCAACACGGCGACCCUCGCCCGCGCCGCGCUCGCGUGCAAGCGGUGGCUCCGCGUGGCCUCCAACCCCGCCCUUCUCCGACGCUACCACUCCUUGCACGGCCCUCCGCCGCUGCUCGGCUUCAUCAUGUCCGAGCCGCCUCCGCGGGCCUUCUCCUACGAGGCCCCAGAUCGCUUGUUCAUCCCGGCCCCCUCGCGCAACCCCCACCUCAACGCCGCCGCCGCCGACGCUGAUUUCCACUGCCUGGACUUCGCCGACAUGAACCCCCGUUCCGGCUCCGUCAUUGACGACUGGCUCCUCCGCGCCUACGACGGCGGCCGCCUCCUCCUCUCCUACGGAUUCCUGGAGUACGAAGAGCUCGCCGUGUACGACCCCAUCGCGCGCACCGCCGACUUGGUCUGCCGGCCUGACAUCAUUCAGUUCGACUUCGAGUUCGUCGCCGUGCACUACGCCCUCCUGGUCGACGAGGCUGACGCUUCGUUCCGGGUGGUCGGCGCGCAGUUCUGGAACGGCCGCGUCAGGGCCGCCAUCUUUUCUUCCCGAACGGGCCAGUGGGCACCGCUUCCGUUCUUGCGCGCGCCCGAGGCCUGGAGAAUGCGUGGCGGCAUGCGCGCCGGCCGGUUCGCGUACUGGCAGUCCAACACCAGGUUGGAAAGGUACAUCUAUUCUGAAGAAAUCGAGCGAUGCUUGGUGCUCGACACGACUACCAUGGAAUGGACGCUCAUCCAGGUGCCCUUCCACGCGAAAGAGUCCUACUGUGUCGCGGACAUGGCUGAGAAUGGCGGGCUGUGCCUUGUGGCCAGCAAGGACCAGGUCGUGCAGAUCUGGGUCCGUGACAACGACGGUGGAUGGGUGAUCAAAAAGCAGAUCUCAUUGCUAAAGCAAUUUGGGUUGUUGAAGAGGCUACGACAUGAUGAGUGGAUGAAGAGGGUGCGCAUCCUGGCAGUGAGGGAUGGAUGUGUCUACAUGGAGUUCUGGUCCAUAAGAAAGCCCAAUUCCUAUCUUCUUGUGCUCGACUGGGAGACCAUGAAGCUGAGCGUGAUUGCCAACGAUACUGAUGACAAAUAUCGAGGUCCUGCAUUUCCUUUCUUCAUGACAUGGGCACCACCAUUGCUUAGCCCUGCAGAACAACAGAGGCUUCGCCUUGAAGGUGAUCGAUUCGAAAGAAAUGUUUUUGUUUCAGGUUAAGGUUUCGACAGAAAAUUGUUGUAAAAGGGUGAGCUUAUGCACCAAAUUGUCAAACUUUGAAAUAUCUCUUUGGCGUGCGGGUCAGUAGCUGGUGGAUGCCAUAUUUCGGUUCUCUUUCUUGAAUUGGUCAUGCAAUCUGAUUUCCUAUGGAGGCUCAGUGAUGUGCAACUAUAAGUGUUUUUUUGUCAUUCAUUAUUUCCAUGUUGUCUAAGUUCAGUGCAACAAUUUGUAUUUGGCCAUAAAUUGGCUGACUGAAAUUUGGCUUUGUUCAAUUGUUCUAAUGUCUACUACUUCAGUCAGUGCAUGUUGCAAAUAGUCUUGCUGAAGCCUCGUGCUCACGGAUGGUGGUGGGUCUGGAGAUGAGGCAUGGGUUGGAAUUGGUUUAUGUUUUUUUAGCCAGUAAAUUAACAUUCUGGGC